GACCGUGACGGCCGAAAACCCACACAAACACUCGCUCGCUAUCCCCCACUUUCUCUUUCUCGCAGUUCAAACGGUUUCCACCUUCUCUGUUUCACGGACACAAACACACUGGCUCGGUGUGUGUGUGUCUCAUUCUCUCUCUCACACACACACACACUGGUGGGGGUCAAUGCCACAACAGGCAGGUAAACUCAGUAUGUUAAACAUUAAUACAACUUUAUUUAUUUUGUUUUUGUUCGUCAUAUGUUGGUCUUUGUAAGGUGUUUAAAAAGAUGCACGUCUCUUGAGAGAAGUAUAUUUUUAUACUUUAAUUAAAAUUUCAACUCCAGCUUAUCUCUCAUUUUCAGCAGCAGAAAUGUCCCCCUCCUCUUUAUUGACACGAGUCCCCUCCUAUUUUAUUCUCACAGUCAGGAAAACCUUUUUUUCCUCCCCUUCAAAUGUGUAUUUUUUUUUCUUUUCCAUAGGCUCAUUUGCGGUGCGCACUAAACAGCUUCUGUUCCUCCUGCCGCGCGCCUGGAUCCAGACUGGCGUGCGCACAUGCACGAAGAGAAAUAUGGAAGUUACAAAACUACAAAAUGGCAUCACCCAGGGCGCCGUCGCUCAAAUAGGUCACAUUUUUUUAUUUGUUUAUUUAUUUAUUUAUUUAUUUUUGCGACGCAUUGUUGAAUGUAGAAAAAAAAAGGAAUGUUUGUGCGCUGCGUCCAGUUUCCGUGUCUGUGCCAAAUAAAUGGGCGAGCGAUCGUUAGAGAAGCAGGGCCCGAGUGUCCGCACGGAACACACCUCUGUCUCCCCAGGGGAAAUAUUUACAAUUCAGUUUAAUAUUUCGUGUUAUUUUUUCUUUUUCUUUCUAUAACAUUAAGCCGCAAAACGCUGCUGUGGAGGACAUUAAAUAAUUGCGGUGAUAGUUUAUUUGCGUGCGUAAGAAGAGAUUCAAAGCGCUUAGUUGAGAGGUUCAAUGGCGCAAAAUAAUGAAGGAAUUCCGUCUCCAAUUCUUUUUUUUUUUUUUAAUUGACUCCAAGCUUAAAUGAGCUGGCUUCUCCUCGGUAACUUUGAUUGAGAGAUCUAGUUUUUAUUUUAAUUUUCAUGUUCAUGUCGUGGCCCGCGCAGACACGAAGCGCGCGCCGGCAUACCUCUGCAUAAAUCUGUGCGCCGAUCUGACGUGCCUCAAAUCUAGUUCCGCUUUAAACCGCCCUUCAAAAAAACAACACACAAAUGACUUAGUGACAUUAUGUAAUAACAAAAUUCGCACUUUAAUUGUUUAGUUUUAUUUGUGCGCUCGAAAAAAGAAGACGACUCUCAGAAACCAUUUGAUACUGAGUGUAUAAAAUGUUCCACUUUAGAUAAAAAGAGACGCUCCGUUGUUUUUCUUUUUUUUUUUUUUAAAAAAAAGUCUCAUCCACUUGUUUCGCUUCUGUUGAAAUUUGAUUUCACUCGGAGUUAGAUCACUUUAAUAAUUCUGUUUUCUUUUUGCGCCCCAUCCACUCGAAUUAGAAACUCGGGUGACCCUCCACAGUGUAGGAACGCGACACCAACUCGACGUCCCAAUGGAACAAACACUUCCAAAUGUAUUUAAUGGGAACGAAACCCCUUCAACUGUUAAGCAUAAAAACACGGUGCACAGUUCAUUGCUGGAUAGUUUUUCUUAAAAGGCCUUAUCCGCGCGUUCUCCGCACCGACGUUCGCAUUUUCCUGUGAUGUAAUUUCACGGAAACAAAGGAGCCAGGCGUUCUGCUGAAGUACCCUCGAGCAAAACACCGACUCCCUCUCAGCGCCGGGGGUUGUCUGACCUCUGAUCUCUGAAUAUAAGAGGAGUUUCCCUAUCAGGAGGACGAAACUUUUCAUUUUUAAAUGUCGAGCCGCUCCGUAGUCUCCAGUUACGCACACGCAACUGCGUAAAACCACGGGAAGUUUAUUGGACAUAAGUAGUGUAUGCGUGGAGAUAAAAGAAAAAAUAAAGAGAAUAAAUUGAUUAAAUACAAUGUUUAUUAAAACGUAAUCAUGGAGCUGUGUUCAUGCAGAUCACCUGUGCAAACUGUCGGUUCACUAAUGCGUCCAAAAUUAAAUCAGCUGAUUAAGUCAUAACUGACAUUUAAAUAAUGUUUUAUUGAAUGGUCCGAGUCAGGAAGUUCACGUGUCAAAUGCGCCACUUUAAUCUGGCAUUUAAAACACAAUGAAACUGUUAAAUCGGCUCCAUUAAGUCCAGUUAAGUCACAUCCUAAUAAGACUUUUGCAGCCUCCACGUAAAUGAGAAACUGAUUUGCAGUUUACCACUCCGCCUUCUCCUCUGCUCCUCUCUCCUCUUUCUCCUUCUCCGCUCUGGCGGCGCGCCGUUUUCGGUGGCUCCUUAUAAAUAAAAUCCAGCGUCCCCCGCUUCCUCCUCCUUAUUGGUCAGGCGGAGCCGUUACCUCACUCCGGGGCCGGUGACGCGGCGUCUUCGCGUAUCCUUCACGCGCGUCUCUUCUUGCUUCUUAUUACUGAGAGUCUUGUCGCGCCCGUGAAGAGAGGGAGGAAGCGGGAUUCGCGGUGAGCCCAGAGUGCUGGACGGACCCGGUGCGCUCGAUACUAAACACUUCCCAUCCCGGGAGGAGAGCGGCGCACAAGAGCAGACUCUCUCUCUCCCUCUGAUUCUCUGUAUCUCUCGUGUCACUCUCUCUCUCUCUCUCUCUUACACACUCACACACACGCGCACACUUCUGUAUGAGCUCCUCUCUCUCCGUCUCCCUCCCGCACAUACACUCACACCGGCGCGCACGCACGCCCUGCAUACGUCUCCACUUCUCCGUAGUAAAUUACGGCACCGAUCUCAACUGCGAGUGCGGAUCUGUCUCUUGAGUUCGCCCUUUUCUUCGACGGACCGACUUGAGGGGGGAUCGCUCGGAGAGAAGUAACACCUCUCAUCCUGUGCGUGUCUGUGAGGACCCCUGGUCAUGUCUGCUUAGCCGCCCUGCGUGAUGCCUGAUCAUGACAGCACCACCCUUCUAACCAGACAGACCAAGCGCCGUCGUGUUGACAUCGGGGUGAAAAGGACUGUGGGUAGCGCGAUAUUUAGCCGCGUCAGGGAGACCCUGCUCGACAGAAUGAACCAAUCGCACGGCCCCGAUCAGGACGGAGACUGCUCGUUAGUCAGUCAUGGCCACGGGGGCGCCAAUGGGGACGGAGAAAAGUCCAACGUCCUGAGGAAGUUGCUGAAGAGAGCCAACUCGUACGAAGACGCCAUGAUGCCUUUUCCUGGCGCAACGAUCAUCUCUCAGCUGUUAAAAAAUAACAUGGGGAAGAAUGGAGGGAGUGACUCAGGCUUCCAGGUAUACACAAACAGACAUGUACAGGGAAGUGGAGCUUUGUCCAGCGGAGGCUCUGAGAUCCAGGGUGAGGACGCCUGCAGCAACUCCUCCCGUGACCGUGACAGCCCGUCUGACUGCCUGUCUCCUGGGCCUCCUCUCCCCCCUCCACCCUCAUCCUCGUCCUUCGGGCGGCCACCGCCUCCAUCGAGCCUCAACUCCCACGCUCCCUCUCAACCCCUCCCCCUCUCCUCCUUUGACCUGGAUCGACUGUCGGACGAGCACCUUCGCGCCAAGCGGGCCCGUGUCGAAAACAUCAUCCGUGGCAUGAGUCACUCGCCGCUGGUCCGGCCCGGCGCCGGCGACCACAACCAAGAAAGCGGUCGCGAGAACGAGAGCAGCAACAACAACGGCAAUGACCACAGAGGAGACAGCAACAGCCACAACGCCAGCAGCCACAGCCGGAGCGACUGCCCUUCUUCCCUCCUGAGCUCUCCGGGCUCACGGGGUGGAGUGGUCAGUGCUGGUGAGGUUUACAGGGAGAAUAAGAGAAAGCAGCGCCUGCCACAGCAGCAGCACAGCUUCACACAGCUGGUUUGUUCCAGGCAAGAGCAGAGACAGGAAGAGAGAAGGCAGCUCAAACUACAACUGGAAGACAUGCAGAAACAGCUUCGUCAACUUCAGGAGAAGUUCUACCAGAUCUACGAUUCAGAGACGGAGGAGGAGGAAGAAAAUGGGGAGAGCGGAGAGGCUGACCGAAGUGGAGAAAGAGAGGAGGACGGCAACUUGUCGGAAGACAGUAUCCGCUCUGACGGCCUGGAGGAGAGGCACAGAGACAGAGGACGGCAUAGCCACGACGAUCUGUCUGAGCUGGACCCAGGUCUGUUCUUAGACCGGGCCCGGGCCCUCCUCCGAGAACAGGCCUUGAUGGAUGGAGAGAUGGAGGAGGAUGUGGACAGCAGGGAGGAGGAGGAGAGGAAUGGGGAAAGGGUGAUGAAGAGGAGAGGGGCAGCGGCAGCAGCAGCAGCAGCAGCAGGGGGAGGAGGAGGAAGGCAGCUGGCAGAGACUCUGAAGCAGGAACUGAACUGCGCCGUGUCGCAGGUUGUCGACACCGUCGUCAAAGGCUUCUCUUCGCCCAAGCAGGCAGUCAGUCACCAUCAUGGCUGCCACAGCAGCACCCCAGCUGCACCCUCCUCUUCCUCUAACUCGUCCUCUUCCUGCCCUCCGCCUUUCUGCCCGCUGCCCUCCCUUACCCCAGACUCACGCUUUGGCGGUGGCACCUUAGCUCUCAGCCUGAAUGGCGACGGCAGUCCCACCCCUAACUACCACUCCUCUAACCAGAGGUUGCACUGCUUUGGGGACGUAAUCGUCCCGAGCCCACUGGAUACGUUUGGGGGUUUGAGUGGCAGACUGAGCGGUGUGCCAACGCCCAACGACCAAACAGAGGCACUGCCACUGGUGGUGCGCAAGAGCAGUGGCGGUGGCGAGAACACCAAUCCAUCACUGCCUCCUCCUCCCCCUCCUCACCACCCUCCCCUCCACCCCUCUCCUCUCACAGCUUCACUCGGGUUUAGCCCGCCAUCAUUUCGCCACCCAUUCCCUCUUCCCCUUAUGGGCUACCCCUUCCAUAGCCCCCUGGGGUCACACGGCGGGGGAGCGGGCUACCCUCCAGGGCCUAAGGACCAUCAUCGGUCCUCCCCCGAUUCCAUGGACAUAACCAGGGAAACUGUUAGCCUCAGAACCAAAAUGGCAUCCCUCGGAGGAGGCCAUCUCGGUCACCAUCACCACAGACAGAGCUCUCCGAGCCAACAUGGGCCAGAGGGUCUCUCGCUGUCCCUCAUCAAGUCUGAGUGUGGGGACCUACAAGACAUGUCCGACAUAUCGCCCUACUCAGGCAGCACCAUUCAGGAGGGCUUGUCUCCCAACCACCUGAAAAAAGCCAAGCUGAUGUUCUUCUACACGCGCUACCCUUCCUCCAACAUGCUCAAAAUGUACUUCUCUGACGUCAAGAAGUUCAAUCGCUGCAUCACCUCCCAGCUGAUCAAGUGGUUCAGCAACUUCAGGGAGUUCUACUACAUCCAGAUGGAGAAGUUCGCCCGGCAGUCCAUCAACGAGGGGGUGACCUCCGCCGAGGAGCUGACGGUGGGCCGGGAUGCCGAACUCUUCAGGGCGCUCAACAUGCACUACAACAAGGCCAACGACUUCGAGGUUCCCGAACGAUUCCUGGAGGUGGCCCAGGUGACCCUCCGCGAGUUCUUCAACGCCAUCGUGGCAGGAAAAGACGCAGAUCCAUCCUGGAAGAAGGCCAUCUACAAGGUGAUCUGCAAACUGGACAGCGAGGUUCCCGACGUCUUCAAGUCCCCCAACUGUCUACAAGAGCUCCUACAUGACUGACUAGGACGAGGGAGGAAACGACAAGACAGACCUCCAAGGACCGUGAGAAGACUGUAAGAAAACGCCUCCGACGGUGCAGCGUUAGACUAGAUUGAGGUCUUUAAUGAAAUGCAUUUGAAGGUGUUUGACGUUCAUAACGUGAUGCAGAGACCUGAAGUGGUUCUACUUGGAGGCUGCGAGAGAGUUUUGCAAAUGGUUGUUUGUUUGUUUUUUCUUUGGUUGAAAGACAAAACUACCCUCAAGAUGUUUUUAAAAGAAAAGCAAACUCGGACCUAGAGUCGACACAAAUUAACAAAUUCCGUCGGGACUUUUAUAGAUGAAAAGCAAACCAGUGAAAAAUUGAGCCUCCUUGCACUUAAAGAAAAGCUCCACCCUGUCGAAAAACCCCAUCUACUCUUCUCCUCCACCUCACCCAAACUUUCUCGUCACCCCUUCUUCAGUGGAACAAAGGGGUGAGGAAGAUGAAGGAUGAAUCUUCGGCUCGUGACUUGAGGUCAGGAGCGAACUAAAUAUAAAGAAGAUAAUAUAUAAAAAAAAAAAAUCUUUUUAUCGUGGAUGUUUUUAAGUUACAUGAACAUUUUUUGAAGGAAAAAAAAGUGAUGUUUCUGUAUUUUUUCCUCCUUUGUAUAAGCUUACAUCCUCUCUUCUAUGAACCCUCAGUCACACACACAAAGACACACUUACAUAGUCACAUCCCUUGAAUAGAAAAGCACAGUAGCAGUCCCAAAUCUUUACCUGAAACCCAGAAUUACUGGGCAAAAAAAUAAACUUAGUUGUUGUUUAUUCCCGUGCAUUCCCCCUCCUCUUUUUACUUCAUCCUCCUUUUAUUGUACUGAGACUUAAUGAGUGUUUGUUUUGACUGUGUGGCUCUCCCUGCCCCUCUAGGCCCAAUGCAUCAGAGCAGAGCAUCAGAGACAAACUUUAAUUUAAAAAAAAAAAAGAAAAAAAAGAAAAGUUUUUUUAUAUUUUUUAGAAAAGUUUGUCAAAACCAGCGACAGACAAGUUGGAUUUUAACUAAUUUGUUAACCUCAGUUCUGAGACUGUUUCACUUAAUCUUGCAAUUGCUAUUUCAAGAAAUUCUCCUCAUGCACACUGUUGGAUUGAUUAGCUUUAGGUCCUAAGGUCACUUGGCCGAGGUGUAUCUCCUACAUGUUUGUAUGCAGCUGUGCAGAAAAAAAACGUUGUUAUUUAAGAGCUAUGAGCAUGAGUGGGACAUGCUGACAACAAUAAUUCAAACCUUCUUUUUCCGCCAAUAAUGCUCAAACACUGCUGGUGUAUUUCUAGGACCUUCAAACUAAAAGCACUGAUGUAUGAUACUGGAUAAAUGCGGGAAAGAACCACGGCUGGUACUGUAGCAAAAUUGGUGUUUCAUUUUAUUUCCGUUAUUUCCGUCACAGACAUUGCUUUAAAUUGUUCUUUAAUUUUUUUUUUUUUUUAAAAAGAUGGUUUUGUAAAAGUUUAAUUUCAGUUCAUGACCCUUCUUCGAUGGUGCUUUGGUACAGGCUGAUCUUUGGUAAUGCAUCAUUUGAUAUUUUUCAUUAAUGAUUAGGCUCAAACAGCUCAUUUAUUUUCCAUUCAGAGGUGUAAAAAGAAAAGUUGUAACCCUCGAAGUUACCCUCACGUUUCUAUCUCCGCUCUGGUCGGCCACGAGGGGCAAGCUGCACCAGCCGGGUCAUGUGUGAAGUGUUUAAGGUUGUAACAGCAGAAAAAAAAGAAUAAAAAAUAAAAAAGAAGACACACGACAAAAUGCUGAUAUUUGUAGCUUGUAUAGAUGUAAUAAUUACUCCGAUCACUCUGAUAUUGUUAUUAUUUAUAACUGAAAUAAUUAUUCCUAUUAAUGUUAUUCUGAUGAUUAUUAUUAAUAAUGCUUGCUACAGAUUUGACCAGUGGUUUACUCAUUGUUUAUCCAUCACACUGCAACAUGAAAUAAAUUAUUCUUUGAACAAAA